AUGACUAGGUGGUGCUUCUAUAGAUGGCAGAUGGUGGUGGUUGCCUUUAUGUUCAUGGUCUUCCUGACAACUCCGGUGACAUCACAGCCACAAACAAACAUACUAAUCACAGCUUGCAGCCCAGCUAACCACACCAACCUCCCGAAUUUCUACGCCAAUCUUAACUCUACUUUCCAAGAUGUCCGAACACAAUUAUCGAACAAUAACACAUACUUUGCCACCGCAGAGCAGACAAGGAAUUCAGAGGCAGUUUACGUAAUGGGUCAGUGCAGGAACUACAUGUCGACAAGGGACUGCGUGGCUUGUUUUGAUUUUGCCGAUAGGUCAAUACGUUUCUGCGCUGGUGCUAACGGUGGCCGAGUUGUACUUGACGGCUGCUUUCUCAGCUUCUCAGUCGCUAAUGCUUCCGAUUCAAAGGGUAAGUGA